GUGGUCCUCUUUCCGAUAUCAAUUACAAUCACAAACGUCGUAUUGGCAAGAACAACAGGAAAUGCGAAGAACAUCCUCGCUGCUGAAGACCCAUACAGAAACCAGACUCCGUACUCCACUGCACGUGUCUCCGUCUUGUGAAGCGUAGUCAAAGCACUCUGUCUCGACAAGAGAGGCACCUACCGAAACAAGUUCACGAGAGCGAUCCCAAAGUGCGCGUAGUUUCCUACUUGCCGUUCUGCCAUCCGCGACUUCUCGCGACCUCUCGCCCACAGACCACAAUCUUGACAUCCAUGUCACCAACCUGAAGUUCUGAACAACUCUUCCACAUGGACGCACUGGACGAAAAAGAAAGCGCAAUCACCACAGUCACUCCCCUUCUAGGCCAAACCCGCCGAAAACGUGCCAUAAUCUGGGCACAAAAACACAAGUGGAUUUCCGGAGCAAUCAUCAUGUCUCUUCUCCUCUUACCACUCCUCGCACUUCUCGCACUCCACAACAAGCCCUCUCACGCGAAAUGGACGAGCGAAGUCGUCUAUCCUUCACCUAAAGGCUACGGAGCUGGAGAUUGGGCUGCAGCUUACGAGAAAGCUAGAGCGAUGGUUGAGAAGAUGAGUAAGAAGGAUAUGAAUAAUAUUACGAUCGGAUUCGGGAAUGCAGGGACCGGAUGUGUGGGAGUUUCUGGCUCCGCGAAAAGUGUGGAAUUUCCUGGGUUGUGUCUUCAUGAUGCUGGACAGGGAGUGAGAGAUACAGAUGGAGUCAAUGCUUAUGCUUCUGGGAUUUCGGUCGGAGCUUCGUGGAAUUCGACGCUGGCGUAUGAGAGAGCUGUGUUUCUGGGUGCGGAGUUCAAGAAGAAGGGUGUUAAUGUGGCGCUGGGGCCGGUGGUGGGACCUAUUGGACGAGUGAUGACUUCGGGACGAAAUUGGGAGGGGUUUGCGAGUGAUCCUUUUCUUGAUGGCGUGCUUGGUGCUGAGACUAUCAGAGGCAUGCAGAGGAGUGUUAUUGCUUGUGUGAAACAUUUGGUUGGGAAUGAGCAGGAGACGAACAGGAAUCCGAUUAAUGAUGAUGAUGGGACGAUACCGAGCAGCAGCUCGAAUAUUGACGAUCGCACGAUGCACGAGCUGUAUCUCUGGCCAUUCCAGGAUGCGGUCAAAGCUGGAGUUGGAAGCGUGAUGUGUUCGUACAAUCGAAUCAAUCAGAGCUACGGUUGCGAGAACUCGAAGAUCAUGAAUGGACUUUUGAAGGGCGAGCUCAAUUUUCAAGGAAUUGUUGUCUCCGAUUGGGCUGCGCAGCACUCAUCCCUGGACUCUGCCAACGCCGGUCUAGACAUGGCGAUGCCAAAUAGCGAUUACUGGGACGAUGACAAGCUCGCUAAUGCGCGUGAUGGGUUCGACGAGGCUCGGCUCGUGGAUAUGGCGACUCGGAUUCUGGCAACAUGGCUCCAAUUUGGCCAAGACGAUCCGAAUUUUCCUCCUCUCGGUGUUGGAAUGCCAGACGAUAUUCUCCAGCCACAUAAAUAUGUGGACGCAAAGGACCCAGCUGCAAAGAGGUCUCUCCUACGGCAAGCAAUUGAAGGCCAUGUCUUGGUCAGAAACGUCAACAAUAGUCUUCCUCUGGUGAAGCCGCGAACGUUAUCUGUCUUUGGCUACGACGCAAUCGCUCAAUCUCAUUUCAAUCCUGGCACGGGCGACUGGACGCAAAAUCGAGAAGCAAUUGACCUUUCUCAGCCGCAAGAACAGCAAAUCAUGCGCAAUCAACCCAUGUCAGAUGCGCCAUCGAAAUUCAUGGGCACUUUAAUCGUCGGCGGUGGCAGUGGCAGCAAUGUACCUGCAUACAUCAGCAGCCCAUAUGAUGCUCUACAGGCCAGAGCGUACGAUGAUGAUACGUCCAUUUUCUACGACUUCACAUCAUACGACCCUAGAGUCAUGCCCGAAUCUGACGCAUGCCUCGUCUUCAUUAAUGAAUACGCCAGCGAAGCAUGGGAUCGUCCUGGUCUCGCAGAUGAAGAGAGCGACGAUCUGGUUCGCAGCGUAGCAUCGCAAUGCAACAACACCAUCGUGACCAUUCACAACGCAGGUCCGCGCUUAGUCGAUGAAUGGAUCGAGAACGACAACGUGACGGCCGUCAUCUUCGCACAUCUACCCGGGCAAGAUGCUGGUCGCGCAGUCGUCUCACUACUCUAUGGAGACACCAGCCCUUCCGGUCGUCUACCCUACACCGUCGCGAAAAAGGUAUCCGAUUAUGGAGACCUAGCUGGACCUUGCAUCGAUAAAUCUCAAGACCCACAAUGCGAUUUUGAAGAGGGCGUAAAUAUCGACUAUCGCAGCUUCCUAGCACGUUCAGUGACACCGCGAUUUGAAUUCGGAUUUGGCCUGACUUACUCCUCUUUCGAAUACUCCGGGUUGAGCAUCAAUAUGAACGCCACCUCGACUGCUGAUUCGACCAGCACGGCUCCAGUCUACAUCAACGGAACGACAGACCAAAAUUCCAAUCGCGAUGACAUGGGAGUUGGUGGUUCGAACUCUCUUUUCGAAAACGUUGGAAUGAUUAGCGCAACGAUCAAGAAUACGGGCUCUGUCACCGCAGCUGAAGUCGCGCAGUUGUAUAUUCAAAUUCCAGUCCCAAAGGACAGUCUGGGCAGUAAUUCGAAUACGAGAGUUUUGCGCGGUUUUCAGAAGGUUGAAAUUGCAGCUGGAGAUGAAGUGAAGGUUGAGUUCGCGUUGAGGAGGAAGGAUAUCUCGUAUUGGAAUUCGGUGAAUCAGACUUGGGUUGUGCCGAGUGGGGAGUUUGAGGUUUUUGUUGGGAAGAGUGUGCUGGAUACGCCUCUUGUGGACACUUUCAAAUUGUAG